AUGACCUCCUUUACAGAAAAAGCACACGAAACCUUCGGCACGCAGGCCAAUCCCAUACUGAUCGGCGAUGAUCUUGCUCCGUUGGGCUCGGCAUCCAAUCCCAUCGUGAUCCAUGUUAACGAGGGUUGGUACGGUGAUGAGCCAGACCGGCUUGGUUCCGAUGCCGACACUGAGAUCAUAGCUACGCCGGAAUUCUGGGAGACGUUGAUCGGUAGAAACCUCGCCGCCCCUGUAGACGAAGGCGAAGCUGUUGAUUCCUCCUCCGUCCGUGCGCCAACCAGAUCGCUAGUCUGUGAGGAUCCAGAAGACCUUCGAUCAUUCGAGCAAUCAACCCCGAACUGUUUUCACUUCGAUGACAAAGCUCUGAAAGUGGCCGAGAUUUCGUUUGACGCGUCCCAGGUUUGUUCUGGUCCUGGGGCUGCGAGGAGUGAGAAUGUUGCAAUUGGCCACGCAGAUGGCGAGCAAAGCAUGGAGAAAGGCAAGCUUUUUGAGGCCGAGGAACCCAGGGAGGCUGGCAGUGUGCCAGAGACUGCUUCGAUGACCCGCGAAGCUGUUCCACAAGAAACAACAGUCCAAACCGAUAUUUCCCUUGAGAGAGGCCAUCCUGCCAUAUCUACUACCAUCGGCGAUGAACUAGCCGCGAUCUACGAUCAUGUGGACCACUGUCGGAACGCCGAUUGUCUACACGCUAAAUCUUUCUAUGAUGAGAUGCAGACCCCUCGUGAGUCAGAUACCCUACUAUAG